ACCAAAUCGAACAGGAAGACAAAAUAAAUAAAUAAAAAAGUGAAAAAAAAGGGCUUUCGAGAGAGAGAAAAAAGGGAGUGUGGGCAAUCCCCCCAAACCCUUCUCACAUUUGGCGCCUAAUUAGCUCUCAACACCGAAUUCACCAUUAUCAAAAUCAACUUCUCCAAUUCCCCAAAAUCACCAUUGUUAACCCAAACCCCGUAACCUCUCUCUCCCCCACUCAUCGCCAAUGACCCAGCCUCAGCAGCAACCUCCCGUUCCGCCUCCGCCUCCGCCGUUGGGUGUUAUGCUUCCUGGUGGUGUUAGCCCUGGAACAGUCCAGGUCCGGUGUGCCGGUUGUCGUGCGAUCCUGACGGUGACUUCGGGGGUGUUGGAGUUCGUCUGCCCUACCUGCAAAUUGCCCCAAAUGCUUCCACCGGAGCUCAUGAGUAGGGCUCACCAGAAGUACGUUGCUCCGGCGGCUUCUUAUACUAAUCCUCCUUCUUCAUCUUCUUCUUCUCCCCAAGUGCCGGCACACGGCAUCGAUCCCACAAAGAUCCAGCUCCCUUGCGCCAAUUGCAAGGCCAUCCUUAAUGUGCCCCAUGGCCUCGCUAGGUUCUCUUGUCCGCAGUGCGGGGUUGACCUUGCCGUCGAUGUGUCCAAGCUCAAGCAACACUCGCUGACCCCCCCAUCCCCGCCUCUUCCUCUUCUUCCUCCUCCACCCGAGGAGGUCAACGAGGUGGCCAUUGAAGUGGAAAGGGAAGAAGACGAAGGGGGAACAGCCGGAGAUACAUUUACAGACUAUCGCCCUCCAAAAUUAUCUAUUGGACCUCCUCAUCCAGAUCCUAUUGUGGAGACAUCUUCCUUGUCUGCUGUACAGCCACCUGAGCCUACUUAUGACCUUGAAAUCAGGGAUGACUUGGAAGUAUCCAAGGCUUUGUCAUGUUUGCAGAUUGAGACAUUGGUCUAUGCUUGUCAGAGACACCUUCAUCAUCUUCCUAGUGGUGCUAGGGCCGGAUUUUUUGUUGGAGAUGGAGCAGGCGUGGGUAAAGGUCGAACAAUUGCAGGGUUGAUAUGGGAAAAUUGGCAUCAUCAUAGGAGGAAAGCAUUGUGGAUUUCUGUUGGUUCAGACCUGAAAUUUGAUGCAGAAAGAGACUUAGCAGAUGUGGGCGCUAAAGGCAUAAAGGUUUCUCCAUUGAACAAGCUGCCAUAUACUAAGCUAGAUUCAAAGACAAAUAACAUCAUGGAGGGAGUUAUUUUUUUGACAUACAGCAGCCUCAUUGCAUCCUCUGAGAAAGGUCGUUCUCGUUUGCAGCAGCUUGUUCAGUGGUGUGGACCUAAUUUUGAUGGUCUCAUUAUAUUUGAUGAGUGCCACAAAGCUAAAAAUCUGGUACCUGAAGCUGGAAGUCAGCCAACACGAACUGGGGAAGCAGUUGUAGAAAUUCAGGAUCGACUUCCCGAGGCUCGUGUUGUUUACUGCUCAGCAACUGGUGCUUCUGAGCCUCGCAAUAUGGGUUAUAUGGUUCGUCUCGGUCUUUGGGGAGCUGGAACAUCCUUCCUUGAUUUCCGAGACUUUUUAGUUGCUCUGGAGAAAGGAGGUGUUGGUGCACUUGAACUUGUUGCCAUGGAUAUGAAAGCAAGGGGAAUGUAUGUGUGUCGUACACUUAGCUACAAAGGGGCAGAGUUUGAAGUUGUUGAAGCACCGUUAGAAGCUGCUAUGAUGGAGAUGUACAAAAGAGCAGCAGAAUUUUGGGCAGAGUUACGAGUAGAAAUACUGACUGCACUUAGUGCCUAUGAGUCCGAGAAACCUAAUUCUAGCCAAGUAUGGCGGCUAUAUUGGGCCAGUCAUCAGCGUUUCUUUAGACAUAUGUGCAUGUCAGCUAAGGUGCCUGCUGCUGUAAGACUAGCUCAGCAAGCAUUGCGUGAAGAUAAGUGUGUGGUUAUUGGCCUUCAGAGUACUGGAGAGGCGAGAACGGAGGAAGCUGUUACAAAAUAUGGGCUUGAACUUGAUGACUUUAUUUCUGGACCUCGAGAACUGUUGCUGAAAUUUGUUGAAGAAAACUACCCGUUGCCUGAAAAACCUGAACCUCUCCAAGGGGAAGAUAGCGUCAAGGAGCUUCAGAGAAAGAGGCACUCAGCAACUCCUGGCGUUUCUAUGAAAGGGAGAGUGAGAAAAAUUGCAAGAUGGAAACCUGCAAGUGAUGUUGAAAGUGAUGAAGAAUCUGAUUCUAAUUCUGGUCAUGAGUCUACUGAAUCAGAUGAUGAGUUCCAAAUAUGUGAGAUUUGUAGCUCUGAAGAGGAAAGAAAGAAAUUACUUCAGUGCUCUAGCUGUGGUCAGCUUGUCCAUCCUGCAUGUCUUGUUCCUCCAGUGACAGAUUUAGUCUCAGGAGAUUGGUCAUGUUAUACCUGCAACAUAAAAACCGAGGAAUAUCUUCAAAAAAGACAUGCCUAUGUAACAGAGCUUUUAAAGAGGUAUGAAGCAGCUUUAGAGCGUAAGUCAAAAAUUUUGGAGAUAAUUCGAUCUAUGAAUCUUCCAAACAACCCUUUAGAUGACAUUAUUGAUCAGCUUGGAGGCCCUGAUAAAGUGGCAGAAAUGACUGGUAGGCGUGGCAUGCUUGUGAGGGCAUCUAAUGGGAAAGGUGUAACUUAUCAGGCACGGAACACAAAGGAUGUCUCCAUGGAAAUGGUCAACAUGCAUGAGAAGAAGCUAUUUAUGGAUGGUAAGAAGUUGGUUGCUGUAAUUUCUGAGGCUGGGUCAGCGGGUGUUUCAUUGCAAGCAGAUAGAAGAGCCUUGAAUCAGAAAAGAAGGGUGCAUUUGACAUUAGAACUUCCAUGGAGUGCUGACCGUGCCAUUCAACAGUUUGGAAGAACUCAUCGAUCAAAUCAAGCAUCGGCCCCUCAAUACAGACUACUUUUUACUAACCUCGGGGGAGAACGCCGGUUUGCUUCUAUUGUUGCCAAGAGAUUGCAAUCUCUUGGAGCCUUAACACAGGGAGACCGCAGGGCAGGGCCAUCUUUGAGUGCCUACAAUUAUGAUAGUGCUUUUGGAAAGAAGGCCCUUGUGAUGAUGUAUAAAGGAAUCAUUGGACAGGAUUCUUUGCCAGUUGUGCCUCCUGGGUGUUCAUCUGAAAAUGAUGAUGCUAUCGAAGACUUCAUUGCAAAGGCACAAGCUGCUCUUAUGGCAGUAGGAAUAGUUAGGGAUGCUUUUAUAGGUAAUGGGAAGUUUGGAGCUCGUAUAGUUGAAUCUGACAUGCAUGAUGUUGGUCGUUUUCUCAAUCGCAUAUUAGGACUGGCACCUGAGAUUCAAAAUAGGCUGUUUGAGUUAUUUGUUAGCAUUUUGGAUCUUCUUGUUCAAAAUGCUCGAAUUGAGGGAAAUCUCGACUCUGGGAUUGUUGAUAUGAAAGCUAACAUUGUGGAACUACAAGGAAAACCAAAGACUGUUCAUGUUGAUGAAAUGUCUGGGGCAUCUACAGUGCUUUUUACAUUUACGUUGGAUCGAGGGAUCACAUGGGAGUCUGCAAGUACCAUGCUCGAAGAAAAACAAAAGGAUGGGCUUGGUUCAAGCCAUGAUGAUUUCUAUGAAUCAAAACGGGAAUGGAUGGGAAAACGUCACUUCAUUUUGGCAUUUGAAAGUUCUACAGGAAUGUACAAGAUAGUACGUCCUGCUGUUGGAGAGUCAGUACGGGAAAUGUCUUUGGUAGAGUUGAAAAGCAAAUACAGAAAAACUUCAUCUUUAGAGAAGGCUCGCCGUGGCUGGGAAGCUGAAUAUGAAGCUUCAUUGAAACAGUGCAUGCACGGUCCAAAAUGUAAGCUAGGCAACUUCUGUACUGUUGGUAGAAGAGUACAAGAAGUUAACAUUUUAGGUGGCCUCAUUCUUCCAGUCUGGGGCACAAUUGAGAAAGCUCUUUCUAAGCAGGCCCGUCAAAGCCACAAGCGACUUCGAGUUGUGCGGAUAGAAACUACUACAGAUAGCCAGCGCAUUGUUGGAUUACUUGUUCCUAAUGCGGCAGUUGAAACAGUACUCCAAGGCUUAGCUUGGGUUCAGGAUGUUGAUGAUUAAAGUGAAUUAAUAAUCAGAUGGGUUGUUGGAUGUAGUCGUAGAUACCCCCAAGAUUAUGCAGAUGCUUCUGGUUUCUGAAGAAUUUAAUGUCAAAAUAAAAUUACGAGGAACAAAAGGAAAAAGUGAAGCAUCAUAAUUUACGCGAAAGAGAUGAAGAAAGAAGUAUUUCUGCAACCUCAAAUGACAACUGUGCAGUCUCAUUCUUAUUGAUUUUUGUUUAUUAUGGCUUAAUUUUUUGGCCUUGUAAUUUUGUUAAAUGCUACAGACAAAAGGUCUCACGAAGAUGCUAAUAGUUUUGUAAUUGACAGUACAAUUUUAAUGGAAAUGAAAAUGAUAGAUGAAAUAUUAAAUUUCA